AAGACACGCAGCCAAAAUAUGUGUGUGUGUGUGUGUGUGUGUGUGUGUGUGUAUGUAUGUAUGUAACAGAGACCGACAGAGUCGCAGCCCAGUUCUCUUUCCAAAAGGGGGACGUCUCCUUUAAGGAGGGAGCCCUGGCUUACCCGGGGGGGGCGGGACACCCUGUGCAAAUAGAGACAGCUGCAGAAGCGGCUCGGGAGCGAUGCUCUUCUUCACUUUCUGCUCCAGCUCCCGCCGCUGCUGUUUCUCUUUCCCCACCUCCUCCUCUUCCUCCUCCUCUUCUUUCUCUUCCUCCUCCUCUUCCUUCUCCUCCUCCUCCUCCUCCACCAGCCUGCUCGAGAGCUUUUGUUUUCCGGCGCCGAGGAGAGAGCUGCUAUGUCCGGAAAGUUCCCAGAGGGAUCGGCUCAGGCCACGCUGCUUGGGCUCUGCUGGGAUUCUCCGGGCUUUGUCCUUUGUCCGAGCAGAGGAAGUAAACAUUUUGCUAAAAAUACUUCCAUCUGAGGAUAGGAAUAAAGACUGGACUUCAUGAUUUUCCUGGUGCAGAGAACUCCUGGAUGUUUAGAUGGACUGCUGUGGAUGAUGGAAUGCCUCUGCUUCCAAGCGUGUGUUUCCCAGCUGGCCAGAUGGGAUAUGCUGAUCCAUGGUGAAAUGUUCCAAGGACCCCUAUGUCUUGGGUUGGACAUUCCAGCCUUCUGAAUCCAAUCAUGGUCUUCUCGGCAGUGCUGACAGCUGCCCGUCCUGGGACAGCAAAUACAACUUUUGUAAUCUAUGAAAAUGCCUAUAUUAAUUUUACUACACCUCAGUCUAUCCUUCAUGAUUCACCCCUGAGGCAUGGUGCUGAUACCAUGGCCACAACUGAGGUCAGUUCUUUGACAGUGAACAGUACAUCAGCCUCUUCAACGUCAGAAGCUUUUAAGAGCCUAAGCUUGCCUCUGCAGAUCAUUCUUUCUGCCGUAAUGAUAUUUAUUUUGCUGGUUUCUUUUCUUGGGAACUUUGUUGUCUGCCUUAUGGUCUACCAGAAGGCUGCCAUGCGUUCUGCAAUUAACAUCCUUCUUGCCAGCUUGGCAUUUGCAGACAUGUUGCUUGCAGUGCUGAAUAUGCCCUUUGCCCUGGUGACUAUCCUCACGACUCAAUGGAUUUUUGGGAAAGUCUUCUGCAGGGUGUCAGCUAUGUUUUUUUGGCUCUUUGUUAUUGAGGGAGUUGCUAUCCUGCUCAUUAUCAGCAUUGACAGAUUCCUGAUUAUAGUCCAGAGGCAGGAUAAGCUGAACCCAUACCGCGCCAAGAUGCUCAUUGCUGUUUCUUGGGCCACUUCCUUUUGUGUGGCAUUCCCUUUGGCUGUGGGCAACCCAGAGCUGCAGAUACCUUCCAGAGCCCCUCAGUGUGUGUUUGGCUAUACCACCAACCCUGGCUACCAGGCCUAUGUCAUACUGGUGGUCCUCAUUUCUUUCUUUAUUCCUUUCCUGAUGAUGCUGUAUUCUUUUAUGGGCAUCCUCAAUACUGUUCGGCACAAUGCAGUACGAAUUCAUAGCUAUCCUGAGGGCAUAUGCCUCAGUCAAGCCAGCAAGCUGGGCCUCAUGAGUCUGCAGCGUCCCUUCCAGAUGAGCAUUGAUAUGAGCUUUAAGACACGUGCCUUCACCACUAUCUUGAUUCUCUUUGUUGUCUUCAUCAUCUGCUGGGCCCCGUUCACUACCUACAGCCUUGUGGCAACAUUUAACAGCCACUUCUACUACAAGCACAACUUCUUUGAGAUCAGCACCUGGCUACUCUGGCUCUGCUACCUCAAAUCUGCUUUGAACCCACUGAUUUACUACUGGAGAAUCAAGAAAUUUCAUGAUGCCUGCUUAGACUUAAUGCCCAAGUCCUUCAAGUUUUUGCCACAGCUCCCAGGCCACACAAAACGACGCAUUCGCCCCAGUGCUGUCUACGUGUGUGCAGAGCACCGAACAGUAGUGUGAAACAAAAACAAUUUGCAUGUUUACACAUGGGUGGUUGUUUUUCCACCUUCUGACUGAUUUUUAAAAAAAUAUGGCUUACACAUACAUACACACAUACAUAUACACAUGCACAUAUGUAUGUGUAUGUAUAUAUAUUCAUUCAUAUAUUGGUAUACAUGAGUAUAUUGGAGUGUGUGCGUGUGGAUGGGUGUGUAUGUACAAAUUGAGAGAAAUUAUUUAUUGGUUGUAUUGUUUGCUACCAGGGAUGUCUAAUAGUGAAGCAAUGAUAGGUGUUACCUUUAGGAUUCACGGGAAGCUCACACUUUGGGGGAAAAAGUUGUGGGUUCUUUUAUUUUUUAUUUUUUAUUUUUUAUUUUUUUUGGCUCUUACAACAUGGAUCAGGUUUGUGCUCAGUAUUCAUUGAGUCUCUACUUUGCAUUAAAAUGUAGGUGUGUUGUUUCAUUGUAUGCUGCUAAGGUAUUCUUAAUUGAGUUUUGCUUGUUUUCCCCCCCUAAGAAGACUGCUGCUUUUUUGCCAUUGCAUUGGAGCCAAAAACCUUGCAUUCCUCAGUGGAAAAAUGUCAACUAUUUAAUUAUUAUCAUUAAAAAUAACAACUAAGUUGUUAUUAAUGAUAAUAAUAAAAUACUAGGGGUUGUGACAUUUGAAAAGUCAUUAAUAUUUACUUUGGUGCACUUUAUGAAACAGUUAUAAACUGCAAUUCAUCUGAUGUUUUGGGCCACACAUUUUUCAGUUAUUUUUACAUGUGGCUCAUUUUAUUUCAAUCUAGUGUGUUAGUAAAAAAUAUGUUCUUCUAGGCAUAUAGAUUUAAAAAUAUCUUUCCUCUUCAUUCCUAGUUUUAUUGGCUGAAACUAUUAAAGGUUAUUAAACUAAGCAGUAUUUUUGUUAUAGUAGUGGUCAAAAGGGCAGAACCAAGGCAGUGGAAAGCCAAAGGUUCAUAUCUAUAUUAAAUAGGCAUGGGGAUAGGGACUGAGCCUAUUUUUUUUAGUAUAGAGAAAUCUUGGAUGAGGAAAUUACCUCUCCCAGUGCAAGUUUAUACCUUCACUUCAACAUAUAACCUUAGAGAGUUGCUUAGAGCACCAAGAGGUUAAAUGAUUUGCCAAGGGUUCUCCAGCCACUAGGUGUCAGAGUCAAGAAGUUGAACUCUUUUGGCUGGAAAGCCAGAUCUCUAGCCACUGCACCAUGCUGUCUGUAUAAAAUAGGAAAUGGUAAUCAAGGAGGAGAAAGUUGUCUUAGGUCAUAAGUGUUACACUUAGUGACUAAAGAACUGUUUAUUCUAUUCGGGUACAGGGUAUGUUACAUUUAGUAACCAAGGAAUUGAAGAAGGUUCAGAGCUGUCUUAGCCUUUUGUAGGUCAGAACUUGUAUAUGGGCAUGGGGUAUAGAACUGUAGGAUUGAUCAUGCACUGAAGAUUAGAAAUAAAGCUACAUGCAAAGCUAAGGGAAACCUCAAGUUCACAAGAUGAUUUAUUGACUGAAAAGAUCAACAGUUGGUAACAUUUCCAAUGCCUUUUGUACAAACCCUCAUGUUCAAGGAUCUUGCUGGAACUUCCUUCCAGGCCUGCCCACAGAUGUGGGUUGGGGCAAUGUAUCAGCUGUGUUCAUGCUAACUCCUAGCAAAUCCAGGAUUUAGGGACAUAGGCAUUUCUGAAUUGAAAAUCCCCUUCUAGUAAGUUAGAAUGGAAUAGAUUAAGAAACCAGAACAACACCCACUACAGUAGGUCAGGUACUUGACUUGUUUUUUUUUCUAGUAGUAGUGAUAAAUCCACAUUGGGCCACCACAACUGCCUUUUCUCCAUUUGCUUUUUGGUUCUUAAAAACAUACUGGGUUUCUCCAUCUUGACUAGGCUGAAAAUGCAGAGAUUACUCAUAGGCCUGAUUCCACUCCUGAUCAGCAUGGGAGCUUUGACCUGUUCCAUUUCUGUUCUACAACCUCUUUAGGUAACCUGUUGAAACCUUUGCUAUUGGGGCUUUCCAUAUUUAUGACAAACUUAAUGCAGAUACCCAGGUGUCAUAGCCUACUAUAGCUUAGAACUUCUGAGCUCAAGGGAUCCUGUGCUCUCAGCCUGUCUAUGGCUGGGAUGACAGGUUCUUAUUGACUCUUGCUGGGAAUUAGCAUGUGUACAAAACCUCCAGAUAGGAUGAGACAAGGGAAAUAAAAGAGCAGAUUUAGUUGGUCCAUAAGGACUUCUCUGCUCUAACCAAAUUGAAGUGAUAACUCUUAAUAUUUCUGUCUAUAGUAUCAUCACCCACAGCCCCCUCCAUAGCACAAGCGUUUCAAUGAUUUCAAGGUAUUAAUCAUCUUUAAUAGCUCAAAAGAAGACUGCAGAAAUGGACAUAGGUAUUUGAGUAAUCCAAAUCAAAGAAUGUAAUGACAUUGCUCCCCAGUAUUUCCUUGAACUUUUUACUUCUUCAUCUCUUCCUCAAUAGUGGUAUAGUGCCUGUCACCAUCUGAGGAUCUGUGGAUUUGGAGGGUUAAAGGAAAUAUGAAAACCCAGGUGCUCUGAUUUUAAGGUAUCCAUCCAGUAUCUAAUUGGAGGCUUUUGUAGCGUUGUAUAGAUCCACAUGUUGGGUUGGGCCCAUUUUCCUUUGACAGUCACCUAUAUCUUUAAUUUUUGAAAAAUUGAUAUUGGUUAUUAAUUCCUAAAUUCUCAUUCACAAGUAAAAUGAUUAGUUGCUAACAUUAGUUUGACAGUAUUCACCGAGGAAAGAUGAAUUUACUGAACCAUUCCACCAAUCCCUGGUAUUCCUCCUUAUGAUGUCAGUAGGGGUCUCAUAAGAAAGUUUUGACGCUAUCAAUAUUUUCCCCUCUAAAAUAUGAAAUAAUGGAUUAUGUGGCAGUAGCAUUUGUGUGAUAAAUUUUAGGAAUUUUUCCCAUCUUUUUAUUCCUGAGGUGAUUAUCACCCUUAUUCCCAAGGCCAGCAUUUGUGGAUUUUGUUAAUAUAUUUCAAGUUCAGAACUACCGUGUAGCCAAAUUAAUUUAGUGAAUGUUUGCUUAAGUAAAAUAUAAACACUAUAGUCUACAUGUGUUGUUCACCUUUAACCAGUUUUUCACUAACUGGAUUAUAAAAACAUGUAUUAAAGAGGUAUAAAAGAAGAGAGAAUAAGUCUUUAAGGCUAAUAAUCAGUAUAAUCUGCAUUCUCCAACAUGGUGGUUUUAAUUCAGGGAGUGUUUUUGUUUUAAAAUAUCUGUCAGGCAGUUGUAAUUUUAUCUUUUUAUUUUUUUGUUGGACACCACUGAGUAUGCUACUAAUGUUUACUACCACUCAUAGGAUCUAGAACUGGUUUUUAAAUGGCUCUAGAAGAUAAAAAGUCCAUGUUGCAAACGAAACAGAAUUCUUUCUUUGGGGAAUUAUGUCCUUCUCUUCUAUCCUCACCUUUUAGAAAUCACAACCAUAAGAUGCCCAAUUCUCAUUUUUGUUUGUUUGUUUUUUGGACUAAUGCAUGCCCCUGUUUUGGGAAUGAGGAGUGAGACUGACAUUAGCUUCUAAUACAUAUGGUGAAUAAAACCCACAUGCUUAUUAUGCCUUAUUUGUUGAUACUUGUCUUAGACAAAGCCCUUGGCUAUAUAUCAGGUUUCCCUUGCCUACUUCCAAAUUAUUGGAGGAACAGUAAGUGAUUUGAAAUUUAAAAGUCAUUUUUAAGAGUUUAAUUGAAGAUAAAUAUCUGUUUUUUUUUCUUUCUUCCUUCAGAAUUAUCAUUCGUUAUUAACUCAUUCUGUGUGGCUUCUCGGGAAGUGUAUGAAAAAGGAAGGUUGAUGUGAACUCGAUUUCUAUUGCUAUGCUAUUCUAGUCAUGUUCUAUCAAAGCAUGAGUUAAAAUGAACUUCAGUCAUAACUUUUAAUCUAUAUAAAUCUAUUGCCAAUGGUAGUCUUUUGUAAAAAGCUAGUAAUAUUGUUGAUAAUAAUAAUUGAGCUUUGUUUUGGCUGUUUACAGUUUACAGGAAAAUAUUUAUGUAUAUAUCCAAGAGAAUUGUACUUAUCAACUUAUCUUCCUUGCCUGACAUUUUCAUACUACUGUGAUUUUGAGUCUAUAUGUGAAGAACUGCUGGAUUACAACUUAUUCUCAUAAGAAUUUUACAAUCAUAAUUCUGCACUUUUAACUUCUCUGGAAACUCCCAUUUUGUAACAAUAAAGCAGACCUUCAGAGCACAUGUUUCUUACUGUAGAUAAAAUAAUGACACAUUUCCUAGAUGUCUGUCCAUCUCUGUUAGAGCCAGUUCUUUGUAAUGAAGUGAGAUUUCCUUUCCAGCUGAAACUCACUUUUGUGGAAAAGCUUGAAUUUUGGUUUUAAAGUUUGAAUCUUAUACAAAUGGUUGUUCUGUGCAUAUUCUUAUCUUAAUUGUGGAGAUGACCCCAACCAAAAAAAUAAAUGUUUAACUUUUUAUUUUUAUUCUUAAGAGUGAGAAUUUUUUU